GUGUGUGUGAUAGAGAGAGAGAGAGAGAGAGAGAGAGAGAGUGAGAGUGAGAGUGGGUCUCGGAGCUCCAGCAGGGACCAGCAGUCUCUGGAACACUUUGGCCAGACUAUGGAGUUGAUAUUCCGGGCUGGUUUCGGCGGAGCGGCGGGGGUCAGGCUGGGAGCCUCUAUCUCUCCUCUCCUCCUCCUCCUCCUCCUCUGAGGGGCAGUGGAGGAAGUUCAGCGGCCAGCAGCUCCGGAGCAGCGCGGCCGGCCGCCAGGAGUCUGUCGGGAGUGUGUUUGAGGGAGUCGGGGUGGGGGGGUGAAGAUGCGGAGCAGACCGCUGGUGACCACCUCAACUUCCGUCCUCUUUUCCUGGCUGCUUCGGCCAGGACCUUGUCCGUUCAGCAUAAUGCCCCAUCUCUCCACCACCACCACCAGAAACCCGAGUCAGACCAGUCCGGAGCCGCGCCGGCAGCUGGGAGCGGACGCAGCGGGCACAAUGCGGACUUUGUGUCCGGUGUGAGAGCAGCGGUCUGCGGCGGAGACAGACUGAGCUGCCCCGCUGGAUGAGCAGCAGCAGCGAGACUUUCUGCUGUCCUGAAGGUUUCUGGAACCAAAUGUCAAGUCAGAGAGAGAGGCGUUAUCGUCGUGGAACCGGCAGUGUGUGAUGUGAAAGGAAAGAAGCGAGGAAGAGGACGUCCAAUGAUAACCCUCCAGUGUGUUCUACAUGGCUCUGUUGGCGUCGUGAAGCGAGCUCUACCCGCUGGUGAAAGAGAAGAGAGGGUGAAAAUGUGAUGAACUUUACUAAUGUCUCCCAGCUCAAUUAUGGACAGCGGCUGGUGAAGGAAUCAUAUUGCUUAAUGAGACCAUUGUUCUUGUGUUUGGAAGCUUAGGACAACUAAUUACCAAGGGAUUACUCAAGACCCUCUUCAGCGCCAGGCCGGACAUGGUGGUGUUAUUGAGCAAACAGCCAAAAUCCAAUUGGAUUUUUCGAAUCCUAACUUCUUAUAAUUUUUUUCUCUGAUUUGGUGUAUUUUUUCUGAUCCCUUUGAAAUGGAGAUACAGUGGCGUUUAUGGAAUAAGGACUGGGCCUCCUUUAUAAGGCCGUGGAUACCUAUACUGUUGGGCCUUCACCUCCAGUUCUCCCGGGCCUCCAACUGUCCCGAGGAGUGCCGCUGCGACCGCACCUUUGUUUACUGCAACGAGCGGAGCCUGACCUCAGUGCCUCUGGGAAUCGGUGAGGGUUAUAAGACCCUCUACCUCCACAACAACCAAAUCAAUAACGCCGGUUUCCCCGUGGAGCUCCAUCACGUGGCUUCCGUGGAAACUGUGUUUCUCUAUGGCAACCAGCUGGAUGAGUUCCCCAUUAACCUGCCCAAAAAUGUAAGAGUUCUCCAUCUGCAGGAGAACAACAUUCAGACCAUCUCCAGAGCAGCUCUGGCUCAGCUUCUCUGGCUGGAGGAGCUGCAUUUGGAUGAUAACUCCAUUUCUACCGUAGGGGUGGAGGAAGGGGCCUUCCGCGAGGCGGUGAGCCUGAAGAUGCUCUUUCUCACCAAAAACCACAUGAGCAGUGUGCCUAUCGGUCUUCCAGACGAUCUGAAAGAGUUGCGCUUGGACGAGAACCGGAUCGCCGUUAUCGCAGAGGAAGCAUUUAGGAAUGUGACCCGCCUGCAGCGCCUCCUGUUGGACGGGAACCUGUUGACAGAUGAAGGGAUCGCACCGGGGACCUUUCAGGACCUGGUCACCCUUAGGGAGCUGUCCCUGGCCCGCAACUCCCUCACAUACCCUCCCCCGUUCCUCCCGGGGGAGGUGCUUGUCAAAUUAAACUUUCAGGAAAAUCAGAUGAACGGGAUCCCUGCCAGGGCGUUUGCAGGGUUGCACAAGCUGGAGAGGCUGGAUAUUUCUAGCAACCAGCUGCAGUCUUUGACGGAGGGGGUCUUCGACGACCUCGUCAGUCUCCGACAGCUCACUGUUCGGAACAACCUUUGGCUGUGCGACUGCAGCAUCAAAUGGGUGGUGUCGUGGCUCAAAUCUCUGCCGGCCUCGCUCAACGUGCGCGGCUUCAUGUGCCAUAAACCCGAGAAGUUCCGGGGCAUGGUGAUCAGGGAGCUGAGUGCCGAGCUGGUCCAGUGCCCGCACAGCACGGCGAGGGCGCCCCUGUCCACUUCACCGGCUGACACUGCUCUGGUCCCAUCCCUGUCAUCUUCCUCAGACACCACCCUGGUCACUCGGUACGUUUCGUCCUCCUCCAGGCGUCCCUUCCCCACAUUACCCACCCUCUAUUCAACCAGAGAGGGGGGGUUGAGAACUAAGCAACCUCUGGACCCUAGGAGGGAGACUUUGCAGGUCACGUUCGCCAUACUGAACGGCUCGGCUAUCCACGUCAGCUGGGUGGCCGCCUUUCCGGUCACGGCCUACAAGGUGACCUGGGCCAGGAUGGGCCCCAGUCUGACAGGGGACACCGUCAGGGAGAGGAUAGUGGGUGGGGAUCACCGGGGGAUCCGACUGGCUAACCUCGAGCCAAAGUCCACCUAUCGGAUCUGCGUCAUUCCCUUGGAUGCGUUCAAUAAUUACCGGCCCAAAGACGACACGGUGUGCACCGAGGCCAUGACCACGGCGGCCUCUUUCGGCCCCGACAACAACAACAAAAGGCUGUCGGGGCCCGAGCAGGCCACGCAGCAGGAACCCAGCUCUCCUUUCUUGCUGGCCGGGCUGAUAGGCGGGGCUGUGGUCGUGGUGCUGGUGGCACUCCUCAGCGUCUUCUGCUGGCACAUGCACAAGAAGAGCCGCUCCAAGUCCUCCACCAAGUGGAAAUACAACCGGGGUCGGAGAAAAGACGGCGACUACUGCGAGGCGGGCACCAAGAAAGAUAAUUCCAUCCUGGAAAUGACUGAGACCAGCUUCCAGAUAGUCUCGCUUAACAACGAACAGCUCCUCAAGGGAGACUUCCACAUCCAGCCUAUUUACACCCCUAACGGGGGCAUCGGCUUCCGAGACUGCCCCCUGGAGAACAACAGCACAGUUUACUGCAAGAACAAUGUUCAGGACGCAGACUUUUGUGGCACAUGAUGGUUUCGGAGAGCAUUUUUACUGACAACUAUCCACACUUUACUGGACACUGUACAGUGUUAAUAUUAUUUGAAACCCCUGUGUCUUUCAAGAAAUGUAAUUUAUACAACCAACUGGACGGUAUUUUUUAUACAACAGCAUUGGAUUUAUAAGUUAUUGGGUUCUGUGCACACAGACAUGUACAAUCAGGAUUCAUUUAUUUCCAAGUGUUAAGGCUGGGUUUCAUUUUGAUUUUUCAGUAAUAGUGAAUGAUUUUGAAGUCAUUGUAUACUGUAACCAUGACAGAAUCUAGCCACAGUACAUCAUACCAGUACUGAGAGCAGCUGUAUGGGAGAAGGAGAAAAGAGACAGGCACAAAUCAGCCACACUCACCACUAGAGGGCGUAGUUUUUCUGGAAAACCAUACAGUCAACCACACUUUCCCUCCGACUGUUUUUAAUCAAGUCAUCACAGUAACACGGCACAUUUGUUUAAUUGCCACUACAGUCAAUAAUAGAGAUGCAAAUUAUUGGAUUCCUGCUCUAGGAAGAGGACAUAUUUUUUAUGCAAAUGGGAUUUUUUUUCUCUGCUUCAAAAGGAAAUGUAAAGGUCACACUCAUUAAACAUUCACAGAAAGUGGCGAGCCGCAGCGCUUUCACCUGCUUCUCAAGAUUAAUACAUUAUCACCGUUAUGGGGUCAUGUUAUUAGUGCUAGCUGUGUUUGAUGGGGGGGUGUCACAGAGUGAGCAGAAGAAGAAGAAGAAAAAAAGCACAUCUGCCAUCUACUGUAUGUUUAACCCAUUAAGAACUGACUCUUUUCCUUUUGUUCAGCAGAAAUAAUGUUAUGGUAAAACAGUAUAUAUAUGUGCCUUGAAGUUAUCAGCUUACAAUGUCUUUUGAAUCCAUGUUUUUUUUUGUUGCACAAAAGGUGUACUGUAUAUACAUUCAAUUGAAUUGUUGUCGAGGAAAUCUCUUGCUCUUGAUUAUUUAUUUACCUCGUUACACAUUUAAUUAAAAACAUAUCUCCAAAAAGUGAA